CGCGGUCAACACAGAGAACUUCAGUGCUUCCUUGGUGAUUGAAGAAAAGUGAGGAACGCGUGUAACCAUCCCAAAAUGUCUAGAUUGAAAUUACGUGGUGGUGGAUCAAGCGUAUGCUUCAAUAUUGGAUUUUCAGCAAAUAUUGUCUGUGAAUAUUUGGAUUUUGCCGUGAAUAACAUCCUCUUCCAACGAGGGCUCGAAUGCCCUGAGGACUUUUCAAUAAUCAAGAAAUACGAUUUGUCCCUGUUCAAAAUGAAAGAAGGCGAAACACGUGAUUGGUUGAAAUCGAUUUUCGAUGAUGUUAGAAUGUUGAUUCACGAAGGACGAUUGGAGAAGUUCUCUCUCGUAAUAAUUAGAAAUGAAACCAAGGAAAUCAUUGAACGUUGGGAUUUUGUUAUCAAGGAUGAUCAAAAAACUCCAGGAAACUCAAAUACCGGAAACAAAGAUCUCAGUCGCAUAAAUCUCGAAAUUCGCGAAGUAAUGAGGCAAAUCACUGCAAGCGUCACCUUCUUGCCGCUUUUGGACUUUCCUUGUAGUGUCGAAGUUCAUGUCAAGAACGUUCCUGGUACAGUGAUGCCUCCUGACUGGACAAAUGUAGACGCUUCAAUCGCAAAUGCUCAAAAAGUUCUCCUAAAAUCUUUCUCCACGGGAUAUCAUGCUGUAGCAACUUCUGUGUGCUUCAGAGAUCAAUAA